ACUGCUUCAAAUCAGAACUACACCGGCAGCCAGAGAGUUCACACACGAUAAACAGAAAUCUGAGAUAGAGAGAAUUUCUCGUGAGUUGAGUGGAAAUUUGUCUUGAGAGAGAAAGUCAUCAGAAAAAAAACUGUCUGAAGUAAAGGAAAGGAUAAUAUCUCGAGUGUCAAGUAAAGAAAGUUUACUUGAUUUCGUCUACACACUGAGACUAUUGACUUAGAAAUGGCAGCUCCAGCUAUAGGCAUCGACCUGGGAACCACCUACUCGUGCGUGGGUGUGUUUGAGAACGGCAAAGUGGAGAUCAUUGCCAACGACCAGGGAAACAGAACCACGCCCUCAUAUGUGGCCUUCAAUGACACAGAGAGACUCAUUGGAGAUGCAGCUAAGAACCAGGCAGCCAUCAACCCCACCAACACCGUCUUUGAUGCCAAGAGGUUGAUUGGCAGGAAGUUCGACGACCCCACAGUCCAGAGUGACAUCAGACAUUGGCCUUUCAAGGUUGUCAGUGAAUCUGCUAAGCCAAAGCUACAGGUGGAGUACAGGGGAGAACUCAGGACCUUCAACCCAGAGGAGAUCUCCUCCAUGGUGCUGACCAAGAUGAAGGAGACAGCAGAAGCCUACUUGGGUAAGAGAGUUUCAGACGCAGUCAUCACAGUUCCUGCUUACUUCAAUGACUCCCAGAGACAGGCUACCAAGGAUGCUGGGAUCAUUGCAGGGUUAAAUGUGCUAAGAAUCAUCAAUGAGCCUACAGCAGCUGCAAUUGCCUACGGCUUAGACAAGAAAGCUGGCCAAGGAAAGGAGCGUAAUGUACUGAUCUUCGAUUUGGGUGGUGGCACUUUUGAUGUGUCGAUUUUGAACAUUGACAACGGAGUCUUUGAAGUGAAAGCAACAGCAGGCGACACCCAUCUGGGAGGGGAAGAUUUUGACAACCGACUGGUGAAUCAUUUCAUUCAGGAAUUCCAGAGGAAGUACAAGAAAGACAUCAGUGGAAACAAACGCUCCCUAAGGCGACUGAGAACAGCUUGCGAAAGGGCCAAGCGUACUUUGUCCUCCUCAACUCAAGCCAGCGUAGAAAUUGAUUCUCUUUAUGAAGGAAUCGACUUCUAUACGUCCAUUACUCGUGCCAGGUUUGAGGAACUGUGCGCCGACCUCUUCCGCAGCACUUUGGCCCCAGUUGAGAAAGCCCUUAGGGAUGCCAAAUUAGACAAGAACAGCAUCGAUGACAUAGUCCUCGUUGGGGGUUCGACUCGUAUCCCAAAGGUGCAGAAAAUGCUCCAGGACUUCUUCAGUGGCAAGGAACUGAACAAAUCCAUCAAUCCUGACGAGGCUGUAGCCUAUGGCGCGGCUGUGCAGGGUGCCAUCCUUCGGGGAGACCAGUCAAACGCAGUCAAGGACCUUCUUCUCCUUGACGUUGCUCCUCUUUCCUUGGGUAUCGAAACGGCAGGUGGUGUCAUGACUGCACUGAUCAAGCGCAACACCACAAUUCCCACCAAACAGACGCAGGUCUUCACCACUUACUCAGACAACCAGCCUGGCGUCACCAUCCAGGUGUACGAGGGCGAAAGGGCAAUGACCAAAGAUAACAACCUCCUGGGCAAGUUCGACCUCACGGGCAUCCCUCCAGCGCCUCGGGGAGUUCCCCAGAUCGAGGUCACCUUCGACGUCGACGCCAACGGGAUACUGAACGUGUCUGCUGCAGACAAGUCCUCUGGGAAGUCGAGCAAGAUCACCAUCACCAACGACAAAGGGCGCCUGAGUAAGGAGGACAUCGAGCGCAUGGUGCAGGAGGCGGAGAAGUACGCCGCAGAAGAUGCCAAGCAGAAGGAGAGGAUCGACGCCAAGAACCAGCUGGAAUCCCUCUGUCUGAGCUUGAAGAGCACGCUGGAUGAGGAAGGCGUCUCCAACAAGCUGAACGAAGAGGAAAGGGUCAACAUGAAGCACCUUCUGGAGGAAACACUCACCUGGAUCGAUAGGAACCAGCUGGCGGAGAAAGAGGAGUUUGAGGAUCGAACGAAAAAGCUGGAAGCGAGAUGGAAGCCCCUCGCUGCCAAGAUUCACGGAGGAGCGACAGGUCAAGGGUCAAGGUCAUCCUGCAGUUCCGGUAGCAAUUCGACCUACUCUGGCAGAGGACCGGUUAUUGAAGAGGUCGACUAGGCAUAAUGUAUACAUGCAACGUUUUCUAUAUCGAGUUUCAUAAGAGAAUAUUAUUACUCAAACCCUUUUGUAUUUCAGAUCUAGUCAUUUGUAUACUAUUUUUUCUAUUUUUCUAAUAAACUUUAAAA